AUGACAGGAAAAGCCACUUCCGAAGCCCCUGUCUCUGGUCCAGAAGAGACAACACCUGCCAAGGUGCCCAUCACAGAACCUUCUGGAGAGGUGGUAACAUCAGAAUCCACUGGGCAGGAGCAGGCUCAGGAGCCGCAGGAACCUGGCUCUCAGGCACUGGGCUCCACAGCCCCCACAGCCCCCGCAGCCACUAAGUCUGCACCUCCGAGUGAAGAUGUCCCUAGUGCCCCGCUGAAGCUGACUGUGGAAGAUGUGAGCCACAGCUCCUUGACUGUGAGCUGGGAGCCCCCCGAGAAACUGGGGAAGCUGGGGAUCCAAGGCUAUGUGCUGGAGUUCUGCCGAGAGGGAGCCUCAGAGUGGGUGCCUGUGAAUGCCCAGCCCAUCAUGGUGACCCAGCAGACAAUGCGGAACCUGGCUCUGGGCGACAAGUUCUUCCUGCGUGUGACUGCAGUGAGCUCUGCGGGGUCUGGCCCACCUGCUGUGCUAGACAAGCCUGUCCACAUCCAGGAGAUCAUUGAGGCCCCUAAGAUUCGGGUUCCUCGCCACCUUCGGGAGACCUACAUCCGCUUGGUGGGACAGUCAGUCAACCUGCAGAUCCCCUUCCAGGGGAAGCCCAAGCCACAGGCCUCUUGGACCCACAAUGGCCACGAGCUGGACAGCAAGAGAGUAAACGUGCGCAGUGGGGACCAGGACUCCAUCCUCUUCAUCCGCUCGGCCCAGCGCUGUGACUCGGGGCGCUACGAGCUCACCGUACGGCUGGAAGGCCUGGAAGCCAAAGCCACCAUUGACAUCUUGGUGAUUGAGAAACCUGGGCCCCCCAGCAGUAUCAAGAUACUGGAUGUUUGGGGUUGCAAUGCUGCCCUCGAGUGGACUCCACCCCAGGAUACAGGCAACACAGAGCUCCUGGGCUACACAGUGCAGAAGGCAGACAAAAAGACAGGGCAAUGGUUCACAGUGCUGGAGCGUUACCACCCCACCUCCUGCACCGUCUCCGACCUCAUCAUUGGCAACUCCUAUUCCUUCCGGGUCUUCUCAGAAAACCUGUGUGGCCUCAGUGACUCAGCCACCACCACCAAGGAGCUGGCGCACAUCCAGAAGACGGAAAUUACCGCCAAGCCUAGAGAGUUUACAGAGCGAGACUUCUCCGAAGCCCCCUCGUUCACCCAGCCCCUGGCUGACCACACCUCCACCCCUGGCUAUAGCACUCAGCUAUUCUGCAGUGUCCGAGCAUCACCCAAGCCCAAGAUCAUCUGGAUGAAAAAUAAGAUGAACAUCCAGGGAGACCCCAAGUACCGUGCUAUGUCUGAGCAAGGGAUCUGCACUCUGGAGAUUCGGAAGACCAGCCCUUUUGAUGCCGGGGUCUACACCUGCAAAGCCAUCAACGUGUUAGGGGAGGCCUCUGUGGAUUGCCGGCUGGAGGUCAAAGGUGGGAGUCUAAGGAUGUUUGCUCCCUAG